CCCGCGCAUAUUGUGCGGUCGCGGAUCGCAUAAGUCCUCCGUCGUUUCAACCGAAGAACGAACGAAGGUAGGGGCGAGCUACUAUUCUCUUCCAAUGCUUUUGCAUUUUCUUCUGUUCUUGUGAUUGAAAACUCGCCGACGGAGUCUAGACCCUUCUCGAUUAGCCCACGAGCAUCGCGAAAUAAAGAAGAAGAGCUUCUUCCACCUCUCUCUCUCUCCUUGUCGACAGGUGUAGCGAGUGGAAGUACAAAGAGUAUGGCUAAUGCUGCAGAGUGCGUCGAAAGGGCAACCAGUGACAUGCUGAUUGGUCCGGACUGGGGAGUCAAUAUUGAGAUCUGUGACAUUAUUAACAUGGAUCCAGGGCAAGCUAAGGAUGCCAUGAAGGUGCUUAAGAAGCAGCUAUUAAGUAAAAACCCCCAAAUACAACUUCUGGCUCUUGUUGUGAUAGAGACUCUCACCAAAAAUUGUGGGGACAGCGUGCAUGUUGAGAUCAUUGAAUGUGAUAUCUUAAAUGAAAUGGUGAACAUAGUGAAGAAAAAGCCAGCCUUAAAUGUAAGGGAGAAGAUAUUGAUUCUCAUAGAUACGUGGCAAGCUGCUUUUGGGGGAGCCAGAGGGAAGUAUCCCCAGUACGACGCUGCAUAUAAUGAAUUGAAGUCUGCUGGAGUAGAUUUUCCACCCCGUGCAGAGAACACUGUACCCUUGUUUACUCCUCCCCACACCCAGCCUAGCAGACACCAUUCUGAUGCUUCAACAUACAAUGCUACUGCUUUUGAAGCUUCCAUUCCAUCGAAUUCGUCUGCUCUCAGCAUGGCAGAGAUUCAAAAUGCUCGGGGAAUUGUAGAUGUCUUGACGGAAAUGUUUAGAGCCUUAGAUCCUCAUAGUUCCGAGGGUGUAAAUCAAGAAAUAAUUGUUGAACUCGUGGAGCAGUGCCAAUCUUACCAAAAGAAUGUCACGCUUCUUGUGAGCAGUACAGAAGAUGAGGAACUGCUGCGUCAGGGUUUGACAUUGAAUGACAACUUGCAGCGUGUGCUUCGCCAACAUGAUGAUAUAUUGAAAGGAAUCUAUCCAACAGGCACUAGAGCGACGGAAACUUCAGUUGCACCUCUUGCUAAUGUAAACCAUGAGGAUGAUGAGUCAGAUGAUGAAUUUUCACAGUUAGCUCACAGGUCUUCAAGGAACAGUAGGCAUGGACAAGACAGCAAACCCGCCGAUGCUAGGAACAAACAAACAUAUGUUACUCCACUGAUUCCUCCGCCACCAUCAUCAAAGAAGGCCACCCCGGAUACCAGUUCAGUCGAUUAUCUCAGUGGUGAUGCCUACAGAUCUGAACAACCGUUUGAACUGCCAAAAACGACGACUUUUGGAGAUCCACUUUAUCCAAGUGCAAGUGUGAGCCCAUAUUCAACACCCACACCACCUCCAUCUUCACCUCCCUCUCGCAGAAACGACUCGACCCCUUCACCACUCACUCCGCAGCUUCCUGAUCAUGUCAAAGUCGAACCAUUGCGAACAGAAAAAUCCACUGAGUGGCUCCCAUUGUCCGCUUGGGAGGCCCAGUCUUCUGGCUCCUUACUUCCCCCACCAUCUAAAUCUGAUCAGAGACAUCAGUUCAUCGGGCAACAGCAGCAAGGCUCACAAGGCAGAGUCUUCCACUCCAGUGGGUCAGGAUCAUCUGACGAUGGAUUAGCAGGACGGACCCAGAAUCUCUCUCUUCAUCAGACAUCCCAGCCUUCGGUACCACAAGAUUCAUCACCCUUGACCAUGCAAAACAAACCAGAGGACUCCCUAUUUAAAGAUCUGUUUGAUUUUGCAAAGGUAAAAUCAUCUUCUUCAGCCAAACCCGGUGGUCAUUGAACAUAUGAGUUGCUUUUCUCAGCUAGUGUGGAUUAUUUGUGUUCUUGCUUCAUUCUUUGGUUGUUCACUCAUUUGUCAGGCAUUAUUUGAAUUGAAGACUUAGGUGCACUUGAAUAAGCUCAUUCGCUGGGCAUUAUUUGAGCAGAAGACUCGGUGCACUUGAAUAAGGACCUUUAAUAGUAAGGGAGGGAGGGUUGGCCCAGUUAAUAAUGGCAUAGUAUCCAUGGGAAUAGGCCAAAUUCAAGCAUAUCUUGUACCAUUACCCUAAGGGAAAGAAUUGUGUGCUGAGAGUCAGUGAACUCCAUCUCACACCAUUCACAGACUGUAGGUAGGAAAUCUUAACACCAUUUUCAAUAUUGAAAUUUGAAUUCUCAAAAUGUGAAAUGUAGAUAGAUUCCUCCCUACCAUCAUUAAAUGGUUGGAGAUAUGGUUGCAUAACUUUGGAUGAGCUAUGCGUGCACCAUAAGUUAUCUUUAGGGUACAUGUAGAUUUUUGUAGCCAUGAUGUUGUCAUGUGUGCUUGUUAGAUGUGAUCCUUAUGGUAUAAAGAAAAAAAUUCUCUUGAAUGAAAUGGUGCCUUUGUUUUUA